GGGCGAGCGGCGGCGCAGGGCAGUGUGGCGGGCGGCGCGGGCCGGCGAAGGCGCCGGGGCCGCGGGGAGCGACGGGGCCGAGAGAAGCACUGGCGGAGGAGGUGCGGACGGCGCGCUCGCCUGCCGGCCGUGCAACUUCGGGGACCCGGCGCGGGAGCCCGCGGAGGAGCGCUGCGAGGAAGCCCCGCCGGAGCCUGGCUGCAGAGCGGGCGCCGGGCACCCACCGCGCGUCCCGCGCCAGGCAGCCCUCGGCGCGGCGUGGCUGCCGCUGCAGCCCCCACGGAGGGCACGGGCUGGCGCGGCCGGGCGCCGGGGAGGACGGCGAGGAAGAGGCGGCGGCGGCGGAGACGGCGGCGGCGAGGCUGGGGCCAGGGAGAGCGCCCCGCGGGAGAGGAGCCCGAGCCGGCCGGCGGGAGUAUGUGGGCCUGGAGCGGGGCGCGGGGCGCGCUGCUGCUGGCGCUGCUGCUGUGCUGGGACCCGCGGCUGAGCCGAGCAGGCACUGACUCUGGCAGCGAGGUGCUCCCUGACUCCUUCCCGUCAGCACCAGCCGAGCCCCUGCCCCACUUCCUGCAGGAGCCACAGGAUGCCUACAUCGUUAAGAACAAGCCUGUGGAGCUGCGCUGCCGCGCCUUCCCCGCCACACAGAUCUACUUCAAGUGCAAUGGAGAGUGGGUCAGCCAAAACGACCACGUCACACAGGAAGGCGUGGAUGAGGCUACCGGCCUGCGUGUGCGAGAGGUGCAGAUCGAGGUGUCACGGCAGCAGGUGGAAGAGCUCUUCGGCCUGGAGGAUUACUGGUGCCAGUGUGUGGCCUGGAGCUCCUCGGGCACCACUAAGAGCCAUCGCGCCUACGUCCGCAUUGCCUAUCUGCGCAAGAACUUCGACCAGGAGCCUCUGGGCAAGGAGGUGCCCCUGGACCACCAGGUGCUCCUGCAGUGCCGCCCGCCAGAGGGUGUGCCUGUAGCCGAGGUGGAAUGGCUCAAGAAUGAGGACAUCAUCGACCCCAGCCAGGACACCAACUUCCUGAUCACCAUCGAGCACAACCUCAUCAUCCGUCAGGCCCGCCUGCUGGACACAGCCAACUAUACCUGCGUGGCCAAGAACAUUGUGGCCAAGCGCCGGAGCACCACAGCCACCAUCAUCGUCUAUGUGAACGGCGGCUGGUCCAGCUGGGCAGAGUGGUCACCCUGUUCCAACCGCUGUGGCCGAGGCUGGCAGAAGCGUACGCGGACCUGCACCAACCCCGCCCCUCUCAACGGAGGUGCCUUCUGCGAGGGCCAGGCCUUCCAGAAGACAGCCUGUACCACUGUGUGCCCAGUCGAUGGGGCCUGGACGGAGUGGAGCAAGUGGUCAGCCUGCAGCACUGAAUGCGCGCACUGGCGCAGCCGCGAGUGCAUGGCACCCCCGCCCCAGAACGGAGGCCGUGACUGCAGUGGGACACUGCUCGACUCCAAGAACUGCACCGACGGGCUCUGCGUGCACAAUAAGAAAACUCUAAGCGACCCUAAAAGCCACCUGCUGGAAGCCUCGGGUGAUGUGGCGCUGUAUGCAGGCCUCGUGGUAGCCAUCCUGGUGGCCGUGGUGGUCCUCUCCGUGGUGGGGGUAGUGGUGUACCGCCGAAACUGCCGCGACUUCGACAGUGACAUCACCGAUUCGUCUGCCGCCCUCACUGGCGGCUUCCACCCCAUCAACUUCAAGACCACCAGACCUAGCAACCCGCAGCUCCUACACCACCCGUCCGUGCCCCCCGACCUGACAGCCAGCGCCGGCAUCUACCGUGGGCCUGUGUAUGCCCUGCAGGACUCUGCCGACAAGAUCCCUAUGACCAACUCACCCCUGUUGGACCCCCUGCCCAACCUCAAGAUCAAGGUCUACAGCUCAGGCACCACCAGCUCCACCCCAGGCCUGUCAGAGGGGGAUGAUCUGCUGGGGGUCCUGCCACCUGGCACCUACCCUGGCGAUUUCACUCGAGACCCCCACUUCCUGCACCUGCGUAGUGCCAGUCUCAGCUCCCAGCAGCCCCUGGGUCUUCCCCGAGAUCCAGGGAGCAGUGUGAGUGGCACGUUCGGCUGCCUGGGCGGGAGGCUCAGCAUCCCUGGCACAGGAGUCAGCUUGCUGGUGCCCAAUGGAGCCAUCCCCCAGGGAAAGUUCUACGAGAUGUACCUCCUCAUCAACACAGCAGAAAGCACCCUCCCACUCUCAGAAGGGACCCAGACAGUAUUGAGCCCCUCGGUGACCUGUGGGCCCACAGGCCUCCUGCUGUGCCGCCCAGUCAUUCUCACCAUCCCCCACUGUGCCGAAGUAGGCGCUGGCGACUGGAUCUUCCAGCUCAAGACCCAGGCCCACCAGGGCCACUGGGAGGAAGUGGUGACCUUGGACGAGGAGACCCUCAACACACCAUGCUACUGCCAGCUGGAGGCCAGGUCCUGCCACAUCCUGUUGGACCAGCUGGGCACCUACGUGUUCACUGGCGAGUCCUACUCUCGCUCAGCGGUCAAGCGGCUCCAGCUGGCCAUCUUCGCCCCUGCCCUGUGCACUUCCUUGGAGUACAGCCUCAGGGUCUACUGCCUGGAGGACAUGCCCGUGGCCCUGAAGGAGGUGCUUGAGCUGGAGCGGACUCUGGGAGGCUAUCUGGUAGAGGAGCCGAAACCCCUGUUGUUUAAGGACAGUUACCACAACCUGCGCCUCUCCCUCCAUGACGUCCCCCACGCCCAAUGGAGGAGCAAGCUGCUGGCCAAGUACCAGGAGAUCCCCUUCUGUCACGUUUGGAGCGGCAGCCAGAAGGCCCUGCACUGCACGUUCAGCCUAGAGAGGCACAGCCUGGCCGCCACAGAAUUCAGCUGCAAGAUUUGUGUGCGGCAGGUGGAAGGGGAGGGCCAGAUCUUCCAGCUGCACACCACGCUGGCAGAGUCACCGGCUGGCUCCCUGGAUGCCUUCUGCUCUGCCCCUGGCAGCGCCGUUACUACCCAGCUAGGACCCUAUGCCUUCAAGAUCCCGCUGUCCAUCCGCCAGAAGAUAUGCAACAGCCUUGACGCACCCAACGCGCGGGGCAAUGACUGGCGGUUGCUGGCACAGAAGCUCUCCAUGGACAGGUACCUAAACUACUUUGCCACCAAAGCCAGCCCCACAGGCGUGAUCCUGGACCUCUGGGAGGCGUUGCAGCAGGAUGACGGGGACCUCAAUACCCUGGCCAGUGCCUUGGAAGAGAUGGGCAAGAGUGAGAUGCUGGUGGCCAUGGCCACUGAUGGGGACUGCUGAGCCCCAGGGCCCACAGGGACAAACAGGAGGUGGUGCAGGGAGGCCUGGGGCAGCUUCCUGGGGGCACUACAGCCUGUCCUGCCCCCACCUCAUGGCUGGAGUGCCGCUGACCACUGCUGCCUCCUCCACACCUCUCCUGCCAGAGCCCCAGACCACAACCAGCCUUAGAAAUCUACGUCCUCUGUGGCCAACAGGGUCCACAUCCCUGUGCAUCCCCUAUUGUCCCUCCGGGCCCCAGGCCUCCUGGUGGAAACCUCAAGGGGAGCAGGGCUAGGGCUAAGGUCUCUGGCUGCAGCAGGAAGCGAGGACGAGCCCGCUCCACCCCCAAACUCAGCUCCGUGACAUUGGGUUCAGAGGUUCUGUUUUAGAUCCUUCUUCACUUUCUGCCUCGGUUAUUGAUUCCUCCUUCUCCCUGAAGCCCCCUCUGCUUUCACGCCCUUUCCCUCUUUUUGCAAAGUCAAGUACAAUUCAGACAAGACUUAGUCCCAUCAAAACGCAAAAGGGAAAGGGGGGAAGCAAAAAAGCUUUAGAUCACUAGUAAGGCUUAAAGAAAAACAGCAAAACCACAAGGGAAAAGAAAAACCCAGUUUCUUAGGAAACGCAAAUGAUUUAUUAUCCAGAUAUUUGGAUAAGUCCUUUUUAAGAAAAAAAAAAAAAGAAAAUGAAAAACAAUACACACACACAAAAAUAGAAAACUCUUUUCUCACGUGGGCACAAGUGAGUGUGUGCGUGUGUCUGUGUGAGAGUUGGGGACAGAGAGACAGAACAUGGACUGUUUUGCUGCUAAUGAAUCUGCCUUGGGCCAAGUUCUGGUAGGGCCCCAGUUCUCCCGGUUCCCCAUGCAAUCCGUAGCCAUGUCACCAAGAUGCCUGCUCGAAUCUCCAGCAGUGGCCCAAUCCCCAAAGCCAGUGAGACCCCAGUGUGGAGUAGAUGGGGUAUUUCCUCUCUGAUAACCCCUGGCAGGUACCACUCAGGCUCCCAAGAAUCCCAGGUUAAAAGGCACUGGGAUAGCAAAUGUGGGUGGGCAGGCGGGACCAACUGUGAGGCAGGGAGAGUGUUCUGGUCUGGUCUGGUCUGGUGGCUCUUGUAGAGUUUGUGGUCCAGAAGUUGGGCAGGGAGGGGGAUGUCAAGAAAAUCUCCUUGGUGAGCUCUCCUGAAGGGCUGGAGAACUUUCUCCCCCAGCUCAGGGCCUUCAGAAUAUCCCCACU